AGACAAUACAUAAACAACAAAUAAAUACAGUUUAUUCGCCAUGACUAAAUGAACGCAAAAACUGUUAACAGGUUUAUAGAGCUUUCUUGGACCGCAUAGUAAAACGGGGCAGGCCGGACUUUGCUCAGCUCCAGAUGUAGAGUCGAUUGCGCAUAACUCUGUUAAACAAUGGCUUUGGCGCAAGGAAAGAAACGAGGCGAUAUCAUUCCGUUCCUGUGAAUUUUGUCAACGCACGCCCUCCCCAGUGAAGCGCAAGUCAGAGUUGGGCGGUUGCUAUGGCAACAACACGUCAACUUCACCUCGCGCUCCACCAGCACAGCGACCAACAUGUUGCCCGUAAGGUCCAAAAUGUCCAAAAGGAUGAUACAAAACCUCGCGGAAAGCAUUUGCAAGAAACCGAUCCACUUCAAUAAAAGAGAAGUUGAGUGCCUUAUCAGAGAGUUCCAUGCCUUAUUAGAGGAGCCGGCGAGUUCUGCAAGGUCAGUCGGCGGCUUGGACAGAUGGAAGUUAAGAAGCUUCUUGCACAACGCCUUUGGACUCACUAACGACACCAUCAUGGAUGGGGUGUUCCGGACAUUUGACAAAGACAAUGACGGUUUGGUCAGCUUGAAAGAGUGGAUUGAGGGACUAUCGGUUGUUCUUCGGGGCACCUUGGACGAAAGAAUAAAAUACUGCUUUCACGUGUACGACUUGAAUGCUGACAAGUACAUCACCAGGGAGGAGAUGUUACAAAUGCUGAGGUACAGCCUCAGACUACCUGGGGAGGAGGACCCUUACGACGGCAUCAAAGACCUGGUGGAGAUAACACUCAAGAGGAUGGAUCACGACCACGACGACAGGCUGUCUUUGGACGACUUUACGAAGUCGGUGAAAGAGGUGAACCACGUGCUUGAGGCUUUUGGAACGUGUCUCCCCAACACCACGAGGAUUGAGACUUUUCAGCAGCGUGUUUUUCAGAGUCAAGUGCACGGAUGAUGCGGUCUUUCAAAGAUUGCUGUUUUUGUGGAUGCAACAUCCAUUUUCUAUAGUGUUUGUCCUCAUUAAGGUUGCAGGUGAGCUGGAGCCCAUUCCAGCUGACAUUGGGCAAAAGACAGAAAGCACACUGGAAUGAUUGCCAGCCAAUGGCUUGGCACAUAGCCAUGCCCAUUGACAUUCAUAUCUAUGGACAAUUUAGAGCAGGGGUGCCCAACCAGUCGAUCGACUUGGGCCCGGUACCCCACGAACUGGUCCCAAGUCAAUCGCGGGAGAUCU